AUGGCAAAAGGGGGAAUUUUUCGGAACAACAGUGUCACCAGGGAUGGCAGCGACGUCUCCAGGGAAGGCAGCGACCUCUCCAGGAAGGGCAGCGACUCCUUCAAGGACGGCAGCGGCUCUCCCAGGGUCACUGAGCUUCACGUAACGCCGGCUGCCUUUCACCCAGCGGUGGACUCCUGUCAGAGGUUUCUUGAUUUUGCCUCAGACGCCUGUCAGAGGUUUCUUGAUUUUGCCUCAGACGCCUGUCAGAGGUUUCUUGAUUUUGCCUCAGACGCCUGUCAGAGGUUUCUUGAUUUUGCCUCAGACGCCUGUCAGAGGUUUCUUGAUUUUGCUUCAGACUCCUGUCAGUGGUUUCUUGAUUUUGCCUCAGACGCCUGUCAGAGGUUUCUUGAUUUUGCCUCAGACGCCUGUCAGAGGUUUCUUGAUUUUGCCUCAGACGCCUGUCAGAGGUUUCUUGAUUUUGCCUCAGACGCCUGUCAGAGGUUUCUUGAUUUUGCUUCAGACUCCUGUCAGAGGUUUCUUGAUUUUGCCUCAGACGCCUGUCAGAGGUUUCUUGAUUUUGCUUCAGACUCCUGUCAGAGGUUUCUUGAUUUUGCCUCAGACGCCUGUCAGAGGUUUCUUGAUUUUGCCUCAGACGCCUGUCAGAGGUUUCUUGAUUUUGCCUCAGACGCCUGUCAGAGGUUUCUUGAUUUUGCCUCAGACGCCUGUCAGAGGUUUCUUGAUUUUGCCUCAGACGCCUGUCAGAGGUUUCUUGAUUUUGCUUCAGACUCCUGUCAGAGGUUUCUUGAUUUUGCCUCAGACGCCUGUCAGAGGUUUCUUGAUUUUGCCUCAGACGCCUGUCAGAGGUUUCUUGAUUUUGCCUCAGACGCCUGUCAGAGGUUUCUUGAUUUUGCCUCAGACGCCUGUCAGAGGUUUCUUGAUUUUGCCUCAGACGCCUGUCAGAGGACAACUAACUUGGCGGCCGCCGCCACCAGUGUCCCGCCGCUCGAGUACACUAGUAUAGCUGCCGCUUAA